GAUUUCAUUAAAUGAAAGAAAAUUUUUGAUUGCAAACAAAUCAUCAGCGGAAAUAUAAAAUUGUUUAUUAAUGAUCACAGACGAUUAAAAAUAACAAACAAACAAUGGGCAAUCAAUUGGUUGGUAUAGCACCCUCACAAAUUUAUCCCGUUGAGCAUUAUUUUUCGGGACAAUUUGGUGAUAUUGUAUUCGAUUCCAAUAUGGGAAGCACCCGAUUUUUCAAAGUGGCCAAGGCAAAAUCUGAGGAAGGUCUGAUUGUGGUGAAAGUAUUUGUUAUACAUGACCCCACCUUGCCGUUGGAGGACCACAAGGCAAGGGUGGAGUACAUUAAGAAAUCGCUGACAAAUGCUGUAAACUGUUUGCCAUUCCAAAGGGUGGAGAUCACGGAUAAAGCCGCCUACAUAAUGCGUGAAUAUGUCAAACAUAGUUUGUAUGAUCGUGUAUCCACCCGGCCAUUCCUUACUGUGCUGGAGAAAAAAUGGAUAACCUUUCAGAUUUUAUGUGCCCUCAACCAGUGUCACAAGCAAAAGAUAUGCCAUGGUGAUAUUAAAUUGGAAAAUAUUUUGAUAACUUCUUGGAAUUGGAUAUUAUUAUCGGAUUUUGCCUCAUUCAAGCCCACAUAUUUGCCAGAAGAUAAUCCAGCUGAUUAUACGUAUUUCUUUGAUACGAGUCGUAGGCGUACAUGUUACAUAGCUCCCGAAAGAUUUGUAAAGACUCUAUCGUCCGAAGAUAUGGAUGGUAAUGCGGCCAUGUUUCCCACGGACUCCAUAAUACGUUUGGGUCCCCAUUAUUCGGGAAAUACCUUACUGCCAGCUAUGGAUAUAUUUUCGGCAGGUUGUGCCCUAUUGGAACUUUGGACAGAGGGCACAGCCCCCUUUGAAUUAUCCCAACUGCUGGCCUAUCGACGUGGUGAACGAGAACUUGUGGAAAAACACCUGCAAGGCAUUGAAAAUGAACGUUUGCGUAAUUUACUUACCUCUAUGAUCGAUAUCAAUUCCAUGUCCCGCAAGAGUGCCGAAGAUUAUUUGGAUCAAGAACGUGGCAAAUUGUUUCCAGAAUAUUUCUAUUCAUUCCUGCAAUCGUAUUUGCAAAUGUUCUCUUCGGCUCCCAUUAUGUCACCGGAUGAUAAAAUAAUGCGUCUGCAUACAGACAUAAAUCAUUGUAUUAAAGUUCUGACCUCAGGUCACUGUGCCGAUUUGACACCCGAAGAAGAUACACAUGAAAAAUAUGACAUCGCCAAGGAAAUUGUAGAGGAAAAUGAGACGGAAAAGAAAGAUGCCGAGACAUGUGCCAAUGUGGCACCAGACCAAGAUGGAUUGAUACUAAUUAUAACUGUGGUCACAUCAUGCAUUCGGGGUCUGAAACAUUCAAAUACGAAAAUUGCCUCGCUGGAGAUAUUACAAAAAUUGUCGAAAUAUACCACAUCGGAGACAAUUUUGGAUCGUAUUCUACCGUAUAUAAUACACUUGGCCCAAAACUCUUCGGCCAAAGUCCAGGUCCAAGCCAUUGAGACCUUGACAGCCUGCUUGAGUAUGGUCAAGGACAUUCCACGCAGUGAUGCCAAUGUCUUUCCUGAAUACAUACUGCAAUCAAUUACCCAGCUCUCGAAUUGUGAUCAAAGUGCCGUCAUUGUAAGAGUGGCCUUUGCUCGCAACAUUGCCAAAUUGGCGAAAAUUGCCAUUUAUUUUUUGGAAGAAACUCAACGUAAUUCACCCAAUGACAUGCCAACACGACGUUAUGAGGCCGAACUAAAUGCCCUACAUGAAAUUAUACGCCAAACUGUUUUAAGUCUGCUAACCGAUCCAAAGGCCAUUGUCAAACAGACUCUGAUGGAAUCGAAUAUAUGCGAUCUCUGUGCUUUCUUUGGAAAGGAAAAGGCUAACGAUGUCAUUCUAUCGCACAUCAUGACAUUUUUAAAUGACGAGGAUAAGAAUUUGCGUGGCUCGUUUUAUGACAACAUUGCCGGUGUGGCUGGCUAUGUGGGUUGGCAGGUCUCAGAUAUUCUGGUACCAUUGCUACAGCAAGGUUUUACAGAUCGUGAGGAAUUUGUCAUAGCAAAGGCCAUAAGGGCUGUAACCAUACUUAUCGAAUUGGGCCACAUAAAAAAGCCCACGGUGACGGAUAUUAUCCAGGAGACAGCCUGUUAUCUUUGUCAUCCAAAUUUAUGGAUUCGCCACGAAAUAUGUGGCAUGAUUUCGACCACAGCACGUAAUCUCUCCGCCAUUGAUGUACAAUGUAAAAUAAUGCCGGCCAUACAGAAAUUUUUGAAAACUCCCAUUAUUCAAGUUGAGAAGCCGGACAUAUUAUUGGAUUGUCUGCUGCAGCCAAUACCAAGGCAGGUUUACGAUGGCGUUAUGCGUUUUGCAGAUGUUCACAAGUUUAUACAUGCCCUCGAGGAAAGGGCCAAGGUGCGCAAUGAAACAAGAGCGGGAUUGAUGCCACAAUACGGCGAAAUGGGUCAAACAUUGAAUAGUCUUUUCCGCCGUUUGGAAUCAGAUGGCCUAACCGAACAAGUGGAGAAACAGUUAUUGGCCAUGAAAAACUUUUUGGCCAAACUCAAAUAUAAAUCCCUGCAGGAUGCCGAUGAACCAUCCAUAUCGAGCAAUGGUCGCAUUAAUUUGAGACGUAAAUUUGUGGUUUGUCAUGAAUUUCCUUUGGGUGAUCGUCAUGCUGCCACGAAAAUUAAUAUGGAGCCUCGGGUCAGUGAUGGUAUUACACCGACCUCACCAAAUUCGGAUACGGCCGCUUCGCCUGGUGGCGGUAUGUCAGGAUCACCGGCAUCGGGGGUCAUUGUGUUGGGUACUCAACCAACCACUGUUAGUACUGCAACCUCUUUGGGAGAGUACACAAUGCCGGAAAGGAAUUACUGGCAGGAACGCUCAUCAGAAUGCCGCAAAGAUUUGGAAAAUCUGCGCAGUAAAAUGAAAACCCAAUACAGUGUUUUGGCUUUGUCUCAACGCAGUCAUUUGGAUAAAUUGAAUUCACCCUAUCCACACGGUUGGCGUUUGGGUGGUACCAUGGUGGCCCACCUACAUGAACAUUCCGAAUCGGUGAUUAAAUUAACGCCCCUAAAACCCUAUGGAUCUCUAUUUGCCAGUGGCAGUAUAGACGGCACGGUACGUCUAUGGGAUGCCAAUAAAUUAAGUGGCAAUAAUGGCAUCAACAAAUCAAGACAAGUUUAUGCAGCCAAUACUCCCAUUUACUCGUUGGCGGCCUGUGACAAUGGUCAAUCCUUGGCGGUGGGAGGCAAGGAUGGUAGUCUGCUAAUUAUGAGAAUCGAUAGGAAUUCUUCCAAAAUGACACUACAGCAGGCCUUGCAUUUGGAUCAAAAUGAAAAUGAUGGUUCAGUUGUGGAUAUGCAUUCCUAUGAGCAGUGCUCACCCAGCGUUAUUAUUUAUGCCACCUUAUAUGGCGGCAUUGUGGCCUGGGAUACACGCAUGCAAAAGUCAGCCUGGCGUUUACAAAAUGAACUACGCCAUGGUGUCAUAACAACAAUAUGUGCUGAUCCAACGGGUUCGUGGUUGGUUACCGGUACCAGUGGUGGCAAACAUAUUUGUUGGGAUUUGAGAUUUCGUUUACCAAUAGCUGAAAUAAAACAUCCAGCCGAUUCAUGGAUACGUAAAGUGGCAUGUCAUCCCACCGAGCCCUCAUGUUUGAUUUCAGCCUCACAAUCGAACAAUGAAGUUUCCAUAUGGAAUAUUGAGACGGGCCAUCGUCAUACGGUUUUGUGGGCCAGUUCAGCACCGGUGUUAUCCUAUACCAGUAUGAAUGAUCCUGCCACAACAUGUGGUGUAUUAAGUGGCGUUGUUGACAAUUCUCCCUUUAUUAUUACCGGAAGUUCAGAUCAACGUUUGCGUUUUUGGGAUUUACAACAACCCAAGAAUUCCUCAAUGAUAAUACCAUCGGCCAAGGAUAAUCUAAAUGCCGUUUCAUUUAAUUAUGAUUCUCGUCUCAUUGAAGGCAGUCAAGUUAUUGAGGAGCACAUUAUUUCACUGGGCAAUGUUGCCGAUAUGAAUACACUAAGAGCAUCGACUGAGGAAAAUCCAAGAUCUGGACCCGAAAUGCCAUCGGCCAGUCAUCAUGAUGCCAUAACCGACCUGUUGAUGUGCAAAACCGAUAAAGAUCAAAUCUAUGUGGCAUCGUCUUCGCGUGAUGGUGUUAUAAAACUAUGGAAAUAGAUGUAGAUGUGUGCUUUCAUUCGAUUUUAAGCUGCAGUAAUUAUUUAUCCUAUAUUUGUAUUUUUUACUGUGAUUAUUUAGUUUAGGAUAAUACUCUUCACAUACAUAAUUGGGUACGUACUCAUACAUGCUUAUACGUUUUAUGUUAUUGAAUAAAGUAAUCAAAUUCUUCUAUUAAAUUAACAAUA